AUGAGAAAGGACAACAGUACUAAUAUCUUCUUGUCAUCAUCAUCAUCAACUGAACAAAAUAUUGAACAUCAAUUAAAAAGUCGUAACAUAUGCAUUUCGAGUGAAUUUUAUCCAAAGGAAGAAAUCAUCACCAAUUCAAGUGAAAAUCAGUACCGCCGUAUAUCAAGCAACAUGCAUAAGAGCAAAGUGGUAAAUACAAAACGUGAACGUCGUUCGUCAAAUAACAAAAAUCAUAACAAUAAUAACAUAGCUAAGCAACCGCCGCCAACAGAAUCGAAUUCCACCAUCAGCGCUUUAGUUACUGGCCUAACAAGUACACUAACCAACAUGACCGACGACAAACGUCCUAGUGAAUCAGCAUCGAUUAAACCAACAUCGAUUGAAAUUAAUAAUCACACCAACGGUGUCAUACAUGAAAAUAGUAAAAAAUCACCAUCGAAAUCUCUUAAACUCAAAAUCGGUAAUGAACAUGAGCAAGAAUCGAUUUCAGCUAAAACAACCACAACAACUAAUGGUCAUCAUCAUCCUCAUCCACCCGUUUCCAAUGAUCAUAUCUAUGAAACACCAGUGAAUACUGAUAUUCAUCCAGUCCCAACAUUCGAAAUCUCCUCUGAUGACCAAGGUAGUAAAUUAGAUGAAAAUAGUCAAUUAUCAUAUUCACCACCACCUGAUGAACAUCAUUUAAAUAAUGGUAUUGACAGUGGUAUUUCAUCCGAGAUUACAAGUGUUACCAAUAAUGGUACUGAACUCGAUAAAACCAAUGUGGAUGAUGAUUUAAGCAGUGCAAGUGGAAUCGCUUCAUCAUCAAUCAUAUCUGCUGCACGUCAACUGGAAACGAAUAUUCAUGAAACGAAUUCUCAUCAACGUGAAUCGAGUCCAACAAGUGGUGUUGUCAUACCCGAAGAAAAACGUGUUACUGAUCGUGUUAAAGUAUUCGAAGCUGCGGCGAACAACAACGAUCAUACAAACAUGAAGAAACACAAUGGCAAAAAUGGCCAUCAGAAGAAGCCAGCACCCAUCAACAAUUCUUCUCAUGAUCAUAAACAACCUGCUAAACGUGAGUCCCAAGUAUCUCCUUCAUUAUCCGUGUCGACAACCGAAAGUAUCGAUACCCAAUCGAGUAACGAUUCGAAAGUAACAUCGACAGCAAAUACAUCGAAGAAUAAAUCUAAACGGCCAUCAUUAAAAAAACAGAUACAAAAUUUACUUAAAAUUGAUAAGCCCGUAUCACAAGAGGAAUCAGCUAUUAUUGAAGAACAACCAACAGUUAUUAAUGGAAAGAAACCGAACACAACCAAUCCAACUCGCACUAAACGAGAUAAUGACUCGACAACGACAGUAGUGAAACGUUCAUCACCAUCACCCAAAUCUCAAAAUAGUCCAACAAAUGGUCAUGACACAUUGAAGAAACGCGCAUCACCUCCAUCGAUCACACCUAAACGAACAUCGCCAAGAGAAUCACCAUCGAAGAGUCAACAACAUUCUCCUCCUAUUCCAGCAAAUGUGACAGAAUUCAACAUGAAACCAAUAGCUGAACCACUUGAAAUUCGUGUCGAACCCAAUGUCUUGAAGAAAAAAUCUCCUUCACCACCAUCAACGAAAACGUCGAACAAUGGUCUUUUAACAAGCGACACCGAACGACGACGAAGUUCGACAGGUGUAUCCAAAUUAAUUCAUACAUUUCAAGGCAAUCCUUCUCAUGAACUCGAACAAACAGUUCUUGUUCCACGUUUACGAAGUCCUGCUCAUUCAAUAANUUUCGUUCCAUGA